AGUUUCCUUCAGCUAUUCUGUAAGAUGAGUCAACGUGCAGCAGCACCAUCUGGAAGAAGGGCUUUGUGCUUGUGAAUUACAAACAGCUGGAUCUGCCUCACAAAGUCACUUGCCUAUUCAACAUCUGAAAUUAAUCCUUUGGAUACAUCACCCAUGACUCUCAUGAACAAUGCAGGGAAAUAAGAAACAUACAGAAGGACACAGUGAUUCCUCAAGUAUUGGGAGUCUCCUGGAUGACACAGACAGGGAAGUGAGCAGCCUCACAGCUCGGGCUUUCAAAAGUUUGUGUGUAGCAGAACUCGAAGACCCUUACAAUGAACCAGAACUUUCCAUUUCACCUGACUUUGCCCUCCAGUUGUCUGCUAAAAUUCACUCAGGGACGUUAAACCAUGACAUCAAGAAAAGCAAUGUCUGUGACAAGCUAUCAGCAAGAAAAAAUGAACAUACAAUAUGGGCUUCUACAUUCCAGCAGUUACCUAAGUGUGCUUCGGAGGAGAAGAGGGCUGCUAAAAACAACACUUUUGCCAUGGAAAGGAAAUUAAACUUGCCAGUCCCUGGUUCAAGGAACAAUAAGCAUGUUUCAAAAGUGUCCUCAUUGAUUAAGACAUUUGAUAAGACUGCAGACCAAGGGCCAGGAAGUUCUCUGAUAACGAAUAAGCAGCCCAUUAAGAAUAGCUUUCAAAAAUACAAAAUAAAUCAGGGCAAUGAUACUGCUUCCUGGGACGAUACAGACACAUUAAGCAUCCACAAGGAACUUUCUGAAUUUUCUGAGGCUAGUCAAGGUAGCCACUGCCUCAGUGGCAAACAUGAGCCACAGAGAAGACCUAAUAAAAUAGACCUGAGUUAUGGGGACUCUGAUGGUUAUUAUCCUGUGCUGAUUGAGAUGUCAAAAGUAGCCAAAUCAAAUUUUUCCCAUUCUUCUAAGAAGGCUUUAAAAAACAGAAACUUGAAAGUUAGUGAGCCAGCAAAAAAAGGUAGUUUCCUUCACAGUGAGAAUAGUGCUUUUGAAUCAUGGAAUGUUCAUCAUAAAAAAAUGACAGAAAAAGAGGAAUUUGUUGACAUAAAAAUGGAAAAGGAAGGUCUUGCAUACCUGGAAGAAUCACCAUUUGUUAAAGGAUCACACACAGGUGAACAUAAAUUGUCACCUGCCACGACCACUGUUGCUAAGAAGAAAGAGAAAGAUUUUCAGAUGAAGCCAACUCUACAAGAAGCUUCUUUCUCUCUCAGAGUCGUACCUCAGGGUCCCCUCCCUACAGAAACCAAAUUUCCUGUUGUUUUCCCUCCCACACCUCCUCCUAGGAACCAUGUACCCCAGGGUCCCCCUCGGCCACCCCCUGCCCCACCAGCUCCUCCUCUCCCACCCCCCUCCCAGCCCGGCCAUCCCCCAACACCCCCUAGCCCCGAAGCCCCUCCUGUGCCACCACCCCCAGUGCCAGCUCGACUUUCCCCCACUGCCUUGUCCCAAGCCUCUGUGUCACCCCAGUCUGUGUCCUAUAGCAUGGUUUCACCCUCACUCAGGUUUGAGACACCCAGUCCUCCUCCACCAAAACCCCAGGCCACCUUAGCUGAGGAGGAAUCCCACAGCCCCCAGCUGGGCAAUGCCUGCCCACCCUGGAGGAGACAGAGGGCUACAGAAAGGGCAGCAGGGAAGAGACAGGCUGCAAAGGUCACAGACAGCCACAGGACCUCAUUGUCUGAAAAGGCGACUGGGGCUGACCCUGGUCUGCGUGUGACUCCUCUGGCUAAACAGGCAAACUCCCCUGCAUCCAUCAGUCCCUCUUUCAACAUCAGCGAGCUCCUAACCCCUGUCAUACCACCGAAACAGGAGGUGGACACUGCUGAAAGGGAGCUGAUCCCACUGACACCUCCUCCCACAGAGAGCACGGCCUCAAGAGACCACGAGGAGAGCACCUUAGACGAUUACAGGUCCUGGGAUAGUUGCAGGUUGACAGCAUCGAGUCUGUUAUUUAACUUAAAGGAUGUGCGCAAACGCGUUAAAAGCAUUUAUACCCCUUCUCCCCUGUUAAGGGCCUUGGAGGAGAAAAAUAAAACCAGGGAAAAUAUGCAGGAGAGUACAAAAACGGAUGCCUCAUUCUCAACUUCGCAUGACAAAAGUGAGAAAAAUAUUACAGAGAAAGAUGAAUUGAGUGAUAUAGCUUACAUAUUGCCUAGCAGUGUUCAUGAAAAUGACCAUAAAACCGAUUUAACUGGACACUUCACAGGCAAUUAUCUGACCUUGAGUUCACCCCAGACAACAGAAGACCUUCCAUUUUACCAAACUGGAGACAUCAUGAAACAAGACAAUUCAAAACACCAAGAUCUGGUUAAAAACACAGGGGAUAAUGAAAAUUUCCCCUCGUUCAGACAUGAGUCAAAUGAACUUGACUUAGGAAAACAUCAGCACUAUACUGCACAGAGACCAUUCAGUAGAGACAAUAUAGAUACAAAAGCUGAGCAGCCCAUGCAAAAUCACAAUGUUCAGGGUGAGGAAAAUGAAAGACAAGUUGCUAUUCAGAAUGAAAAUUUUGCCUUCAAAACACUCCUAAACCAACUCUCACCAGAAGAAGAUGAGCCUUACAGUGGCACCCAAACCAACAUUGUAGUACCUGGCCAUGAAGCUAGAGGCAAAAGAAGCACUAGUUCCUCAGAGCAAUCCUUCGUCUCCACAGUGGAGCAGCCACUUCAGGAAGAGCCAUUUCUACCAGUGCCCCUGAUGGAGCAGAUGUGCCUCCCAGAAAGCCAGAGGACUGACAGUGAAAUGGGUUCAGGAAGUAGGAAAAGACACAAGGAGAGAGGGAAAGAGGUUGGGGAAGAUGAACUUCAGUAUUGUGCUUGUAUCAUCCCUGGCACUGGUGCAGCAGAGAAGAGGGAGGGAAGCGUUACUGAGAAUGAACAGAGGAGCUUGAUGAAAGAGAAGCUAGGGAGAGAAAAAAGGGAAGAGGCCAACAGCACAAAUUCUGCAUCUGACAGUAUAAGAGACACGUCCAUCUCCAGGUCUGAGGAACCACAAACACCAUCUUCAAGCUCAACCAAACCCAGUCUGUUUAUGAUUAAAGAUAACACAUUCAGGUCGCCUCAGGUGAUAAGGGCUGUCAAGCUGCCCCUACUCCGGUCCUUCUCCCUGGAUGAUACAGUGAGCAGCAGUUACAAGGAAAUGGAACGUAGGUUUAUGUCCCCAGCAGUUUACAGCAAGCGGCACCAAAACAUGUUGCAUGCCCAGGAGGUUGGCUGGUGGGCAUCAAGACACAGAGGGCAGCAGAACGUGAGAGAUGGAGCAACUGACAGAGAAAAAGAAGCCAGUGAGUCUGGAUCUACUUCAGUAACACUGGAUCCCAGUCUUCUGGAAAAUACAGAGAGCUUUUCAUUUGGAAAACUGACGGAAGAAGAUGAAAAGAUUUGUGUGUUGUUAAAUAAAUUUGGGAAAAUGGAUGAAGAAAGUGUCUGUAGAAGUGAAAAGAAGCCUACAAAGGCAAGACAGAGCUUAGCACAGCCAAUUAUAGGUCUGGAAAAUGACCAAGCACAAAACAACCCCAGCUAUCCUGCAGAAAGAAAGACAAAUUACUUUAAGAAUCAUCAUUUAUCUAACCGCAAAGGGGGCUCUUGUGCAAAGAAAAUAAUCACUAGGCAGGCAAUUUCCCCUGUGACUGGCUCCAUAUUAGAGGACCACACAUGUUCUUCUGUAUCCAAUGACACUUUAGAGGAUAUCCUGCACACAGAAGGUGCACCUUUGUUAGACAAUCUUUCAUGCCCUGCUGUUAGAAGCCCCAGGUCAGGAAACACAAUGCACUCUCUUGCUGCCAGUUCAUUGUCAGAUAAACCAACUAUUUCUGGCCUUAGAGAGACAGAGCAUGUUACAAAUCCUGCCUGGUUGAACAUGGCACUAGAGAGGCAAGCUUAUAUGCCUGCAGAAGAGAUAAUCAAUUCGGCACAGAGGAAUCCACUUUUGGAUGUUGCAGGGGAAAAUGGGAGACUGGAGCCCAGGGGACUUGGUGGAAGACCAGCAGGCAAGCCACCCACUGUGCCACCAAAAACAGAAAAGGCUCUGCGUCGGGCUAAAAAGCUGGCAAACAAGAGGAAAAAGGUGCAAGAGCAGCAGAAAAACCAUCAGACUGAACAUGCAGAUGCUGUAGGGAGAAAGCCUACUCAUUCUGGAGAGACAGCAGUGUCUGCUUCACCUUUAGUAUAUUCUCUCCUUCAUCCUUCCCUUCACUCAACUUUUACUCCCACAGAAACCACUCCUGGGAAAUCUAGACUUGCACCAGCAGCAAGCUCCUCACCCUCUUCAACCCAGCGGAAGCUCCUCCAGGACCCUGACUCCGGUCAGUACUACGUGGUUGAUUUACCCGCCGAAGUUAAUGUAAAGACAUUUUAUGACCCAGAAACAGGCAAAUAUAUUCAAGUCUCAGUCCCUCCCUUGGAACAGAACUUACACCAAUCCACCUCUUCAGAAAUGAAGAAUUCUCCCUAUGCCUCCUACCCUAGAGUGCUGCCUUUACCAGCCUCAUCGGUAGCUGUGCUGAAAUCACCUUCUCAACUCUCUGAACCUGCCUGGUCAGGGCCUGCUGCACCAGAACCAGCUGAACUACCUGAAGAUGGCCAGCAGGACUACAGAUACUCUGAGUCUGUGGAUACUCAGCCCGACACUGAACCAGCCUCCUACUCCUACCAACAAGAUGCUGGAGAAACUCAAGUUCACUUAGGAAAGGAUGUGAGCCCAACCCAAAAUACUAGUAUUGUCACCCUCACCAAUUUAGAUGAUUUUGCUGCUGAAGGAGUAUCUUGAAAACUGAAGUAACAAAACAUGCCAGCUAGCAUUUUUAAGAACUGUUUGGACAGACACAUGCACACAAAAGCACAUGCAGGUUUGAUAUUUGUACAACACUUGUCUGAAUCUCAUUGUGGUUUGGAUGAGAAAGGAAAAGAAAGCUGUUCAUGUUGAAAGAUACAAGGUGAUGACCACUCUGAAGAAAAGAGAAAUUGAGUAAGCACCAAAUUAUCAGUGAGAUGAAGGGGCAAUGCCAGCUAGACAAAUACAUUUGACAGUGUAAAGCCACUGCUUGCUGCUGCUGCUGCUUUGUCAUUGAGAAGGCUGGGAUGGCCAAAGCAAGUGUCCUAUUGCCCAGAUGUGUUGCAUGAUACAUGACACUAAAUAAAACCUGUGAGACCAUCCUAUGCAUCCUAUGAGACCUGGAACUGAUGCUGCAUCUACUGAACUUUCCUCACUCACUGCCUUUGAACUAUAUUGACGGGUAGAAAGUCUGUGGCUACAAAUAUGCCAUAUAUGCAAGAUCCAUUUUUUGCACACUUUGAUUGCCCUGAUGUCAUUGACAAGAAGAUUGUAUACUGGAUGCACAAUACAGCCAUGUCAAAAUAACCCUUUUAAACAACCAGAAUACAGUUGCAGCUGCUCAGAUUUCCCACAUACUUUUGUAGUGCCCACUAAUAUGCUGCUGAAUUCUUUAUAUUUCUUGAUAACAUCUAAAUAGGUUCCCCCAGAGUCAGGGUUUAUUUAUAAUGCAACUUAAAACUUCAGGUUAUCUUGAUACUUGGCCUGAAAUACCUUGGUGAGGAGCAAGGUUGAAUGAAAUCCCACAACAGUAUUUAAUUGUUUGUUAGGACAAGAAGUUCUUAGCUAUUGUAAUUGAAAUGUGUUUUGUUUUGUUUUCAGGCUCCCACUGAAACAUGGAACUAACUUUUAAAACCUGAAAAAUGUACCUAAGUUUGAUCUUGUGAAUUCUGUGAUUUAAUACAAACAAACAAACAGACAACAUAUUCAGGACCUCCAAAGUACUAAUUUCUAGAAAAGGGCUUCUUUGAAUUAUCACUUUUCUUUGAAAAUCUGUAGGAAAAUUUCACUCAUCCUUGCAUAAGCUCUUUUUUAUCAUCAUAGUUAAUGAGAAAACUUAGGUGAAAAGAUGGAAAAAUUGAAUGUAUUUUGCCUGCUUGUAAAUAUCUGUAUUUAGAGUAUUGGCUUAGUUUUUUUCUGUCCAAUUUUCAUACUGUUUUUCCCAGUUAUAACUGAAGUGCAGGAGCUCUAAGGAAGAAUUAUGCCAGUGACUUUCAGCCUGAUUCACAUCUUAGGCAAUUUUUACAGGACUUUUUUCAGUGAAGCAGCUCUUGACUUCCUGAAAAGAAAGGGGUGAAUCAGGCCUUUUGUUAAUGAAUACAAUGUGGAGACAGGACACAGGCACUGCUCCACUCUCCCAGUGUUAAUAUUUAUGACAGAGUUUUCCUUCAGAAAAUUUCCCAGUACAGAAGCCUCUCCUGGGUCACAGACCCACUUUGUGGUUUUUCUCCUUAACCUGAAUUCAGCUCUCAGCCUUCCUCCAUCCCUGACAAGAGCCAUGUGUUCACAACCUGUCCUGGUCCCACCAGACAGUUCCUUUCCUCAAUGCCACUUACUGAGACAUUUCUCUUAGACAAGCACUAAGGGCAUCACUUCAUUGAUUACAGUGGAGUUUGGAUUUAGCCUUUAAUGAUUUUCUACGGUUGAUUUCACCUCUUACACAUUUUGUGAUUUGGUAGGUUUGAUUGCAGUAGAGGUGUGAGUUGGAAAUGAAGAAGCUUGUACUGGUUUGAGUUUUAAGCAUAUUCAGCCAAAUGCCCAUAUUUGAAUAAACAUUUAUUGUUCAGUUUUCCACCCCUGAAAGUUUUCAACACCUGACUGAAUAAAGCGACUGAAUAAAGCUCUGAACAACUUGGGUUGUCCUCAGAACUGACCCUCCUUGACCAGGAGAUUCACCCAGAGAUCUCCUGAGAUCUUUUGCAGCCUGAAUUAUCCUGUGAUCCUGCUCUGAAAACAUUAAAAUUUAAAUUAACUUUGACUUGGAACUCAGCAAAUGCAGUCUCCCCUGAGAAAGCACUCAUUUUGAAAGAAAGUUUUUUUAAAAAAAAAACCUUGAAAAUCAAGAGUGUUUCCAGAACAAAAAUUCAUUUUCAAGUUGUUAAAUUGAGGGAGUGGCUCUUACUAUAGAUAUUUUUUUUAGUCACCAAUAUUUUUGUAAACUGAUGGUGCUAUUCAUGUUGCACUUCCCUGUUGCUGUCACUCUGUACAGCAAAAUGUCUAUCCAGUAUAGAGCAGCAUCUCAUCCACAUGUUAAAAUAUAGAUAAAUAGAUCCAUUAGAGUUUUCCAUGGUGCAUUUAGACAAAACCUAUGGAAUCUUAAAGCCUAUCAGAGUGCACAAGCCUUUUAUUUCCAUGUGUGUGUAUGGUAUUACAAAUUUUAAUGCCAUUAAGGGCCACAAGUCAAGAAGUAGGCUCUCAGAGGACAGGAUAAAAGCUUCCUUUCUAAGGGAAGACUAUGGAUAUGAAGUAUCUGUGCACAGAUUAAAAAAUGAAUGGUAAUUUGAUGACAAAAAAAAUUUAUAUAUGUAUUUUAAAAGGACCCUUUUACUUAAAUGUCCUUUAUUUUGUAGACAUGCAUACUUCUGAACCCUUUUGUCAAGGGUCUCCUAAAACUCUUAUUGUGGAGAAUGGGAUGCUCCAUUAUACAGCUUCCAGGUAGGUGAGGAAAGCAGAGUGUAUUUUUCCCUCUGCUGUUAAGGUGAACUGAAACAUGGGCAUUUAAAGAGGAUACCAAAUACAUUUCAAGUAGGACUUCUUCAUUUCCAUCAGCCCUUUCUGCCAGCUUCAGGGAGCUGCAGUCACAGUGGACUGUGUCUCUGAACCCCCACCAAAGGGGGUUUUUACAUGGAGAAUUUGUAGGUAAAUUGGUGUAGCAAGGUGAGGGUGUUCUCCAAAGUAACAAGUGACAGCACCUGAGGAAAUCACCUGAGAGGUAAUUUCCAUGGAGGUUGAGAUGAGACACUAGGAAACAUUUCUUCACUGUAAGGGUUCUGAGUCACUGGAAUAAGCUGCCCUGGGAAGCAGUGAAAUCAUCAUCCUUGGAAGUGUUCAAAAGGUGUGGGGAACACUUGGUGCUAAGUUAACUGUUGAUCACAAGGAUUUUAGAGGUCCUUUCCAACCUUACUGAUUCUAUGAUUCUGUGAAAUUAAACAAAUGGGGGAGUUUUGAGAGUAGAUAAGAAAGUGGGUUUUUGUAUCCAAAGCUUUCUGCACUUUGACACAGGGCAUGAAUGAUAUUAGAAAAGUAUUGCUCCAGGUCCCAGCCUGGUAUUGAGCAGGAACCCAUCAGCGAACCUGCCUCUGGCCUAGCCCGUGCUGCUGGCGACUUCUUGCUAGGCUGUGGGCGUGUGUGUGAGCAAACACAUCCAUGCAUCCACCUAAACAGCCCUAUUUAUAUACAUAAUAUACCUGUAAAACUGCCAUUUGCUUCUCAGUAUAAGAAAGCAGUAAUGCCUGUGAUGGUGAACACAAAUGUUUGUGUGUUAAAGGAAGACAAAUGACACUUUUCAAAUAACAAAUACUUUUUGUUCCUUGCCCUAUUGUGUUCGUGUUUGUUGGGGGAAUGUUUUCCAUUGCUGCUGUGGGAAACAGGGCUGAAGAGGUCAGUACCAGGCAGAAUGAGAGCUGUAAAUUAACCCUUUUUUGGUGGGGAGGGGUGCUAUGGGAAACGUGCAAUAGUCCUGAGAGCAGUUGUAGGAAAGCAGUGUUUUGUGACAGUGACAUUAAGUAGGUGAAAGAGGUGUUGAGGCAAACCAAGCCAAAUUCUGCCUUGCCAGCAGGCUGUGGUUAGGACUAAGGAACACAGCAGGCUCUUGGUAAGCACGGAAGCACAGCAGGCUGAAGGGAACAGGGGCAUUGCUUUCACUGUUUCCUUCUCCUGCACGUGGCCUUUGUGCAUGUUGCAUUUCUUGGUGCCCUGAUGCUCCUUUACAGUGGUGAUUCUCCCUUGGCAGGUGAGACUGAGGCCAAACCUGACUUAGCUAGUCUUCAUUCUAGGGUCAGAACUGCCUCCCUCUGAAUCUCCCUCUCCUUGUGGGAUGACAGCAAUGCCAACAGUCCAGCUUCACAUGGCAGACUUGGACUGCCAUCCCACAGCCAUGGCUCUGUCCCAGGGGCUUGAAUUUCCUCAUGGAAAAUGCUGGAUUUGUUUUAGAGAGUUUAGUUUAAUUGAAAUGGCAUACAUGCAUGGAUUUUUGUUAACUCCUCCUUGGGAGUUCAGUGCCUUCCUAAGUCAUCUGUCCAAGAAGAUAUAUGUUCCAUCAAUGCAACUGUAUUUGCAAAUAAGUAAUUAUUUAUUAAUUAAUAAACAAAAUAAAUGGGACUUGUUUUAUAAUACUGGAA